GGCGAGAUUAAUUACUGGGCUCCGCCACAAUACCCUGACUCACCAGCAAGGCUCAUUUGAACAUUGAAGGCUCUUUCCACAAACGAUUCACGCUCGGCGAUGAGUCAAAAGCUUCGAAGUCGACGCUCCGUUUCUUUCUUCAACCAAUAAAUUUCCACGUCUUUUGCGUUUUCGAUAUCCAAGCACUGUCAAAGCAUUCGCGCAUUCAUUGAUUUAAUUGAUCCAUUUUCCCUUCUCGCUGGCAGCGUCCGCGACGUAUAUUUCAAACCCCUCCACAAUCCGAGCUUUGAUCUCAUUAGCAAUGGCGGACACGAACCUGAUAGCCAAGCUCUCUCUUUCACCAGCGCAGCAGGACUCGAAUCGACUGAUGAAACACCUCGAAGAGAACUACAAUAUGCCCAAUGAGGAGUGGUGGAAUAGUGUCGACGCCGCAUUCCAGCAUCUAAGAACUCUACUCGAAAAGCGCCCAAACGAAGCAUUCGAAGAUGAUGAAGACCCCCAAAGUAUUAGCGCGCAAGCAGCCCGGGCUGACGCCCUGCCUCUUGUCAGUCUGUUGCCAUCCGGAAGUCAUGCUAUGCAGCUCACAGCCACCAAUGAAGAUUUACAAUGUGUAGCUUUUGGGACGAUCUCCGUCGAGAGAUACGUCGAUAUUUUCUGGGAGGCGGUAAUCAAGGUCCAAGAUGACGGCGGCAAGUUCAUGGUGUACCAGGUUGAGACAAGUUCCUUUUGGUUCAACUUUGAGGGCCAUAACUUCCACCUCCAUUACGUUUGCUGCGAGAAUUUGGUUCGCAAAUGCCCUGGAAUCCUCAAUGUUUCAGACGAGACCGUACGGGAGGCGGAUGGCCAUACACAGAAAAUCGUGGAAGGCAUAAAGCGCGACACGAAAAAACGAGCAUUCUUCAGCAAGCGCUACCAAAGAGCGUCCUUUCAUUACCUUCGAGCCUGGACCAUCGCUCGAGGAAUAUAUACUCCAAAUCAUCGACUCACCUCUACUCGAACACUCUCCAUUCAAGGACUUAUCAAGAUAAUGGAUCCCCAGGAGCUCCUCGACAUAAAAACCGAAAGAGCAGCGCUAAGGCGAGGACUGAAACCCGAGUACCCCGCGAACCUGGAGAACCCGGUAUUUUCAAUGUACCACAACGUUUCGGACAUUUUCCAGAACCUCAAUGAAAAAGUGCUUUCUCUACCCCCAUAUCCACAGCCUCUUCCCACGAUCGAUACGGAAUGCCGACCAGCUCAGCUAUCGAUAGUCCUUCAGAAAGCUGAGGAUGGUUCUGUACACUCAAACCUCCAAAUGCCGUUGUACAUUCAGGUCAGUAUGCCUUCCUCCUUGUGACAGAAAGCGGCGUCCAUUUUUAAUGUCCUAAGUUAAGCUGGACAUUGCAAAUACCUCCUCUCUAAAUGUACACAUUUGAUAUUGCACUUUCAAGGUCUACCUCCUCCUAUGUCCAGGAAGUUCUAGAACAUUUAAAUGUCGUCUAUUUCCAAUGUCCAGCUUGACCAAGGACAUUGGUAAUUGAUGCCGCCUUUGCUGUCUACUGGGAGCCUGGUCCGCUCAUUGUACUAAUAAAACUUGAUAGGUCAGCUUGAUAUAUUGGGGCAGUUCUGACCUCGAAUGUGGCAAAUGGCUCUCCAUGGUGGAGCACAGGCUAAGCAAGCUAAAAGAACGUUAGUGCUCCAUCCUAAU